AAUUAAGAAUCUGACGGAAAGGGUGUCAUAAGAACUGAAACAUCUUAUUCUUUUAUUACACACAACACCAAUGGACUUGUACAGAUUAAGUGGAAUUGCCAAAUUGUACAUUUCAAAUUCUUCAUUAGACCAUGAGUUGAAGAAGAUACAGCAGCACAAGAAAUGCAUGCAGUCAGGCAAACUAUAGAUCCUACAGAAAAUAUCUUCAUUGUGAAAAGGGAAGAACUGAACAAAAAUGAAGAAUAUUUGUCUGAAUCUGCUGAUGAGAACUUUGUUAAAUCUGCUCGCAAAUGUCGCCGCAGAAGGAAAAAGAAACCACGUGUACAAAUAAGACCAAUAGAUGUCCCAAAGGCUCCAGAAAACUCUACUCAAUUUAUCAUUGAUGACCAUGAAGACUGUAAUUUGUACAAAAGUUUUGAAAAUCCUGGUAAUGUCUUGAAUGAAAGUUCAGAACAAGACACAGUUGGGGGUUCAGCAUCAGACAGUUGGAUUAAUGUCAGACAUGCUGCUUUUCAUGACAUUGACUAUGAAUAUGAAUUACCAGAUGACUUGGAUCACACUGCAUUUUACGAGGAAGAUUUUGAAAAUGCCUAUGCAAAAAUUCGUGUUGAGAAUCUUCUACUGAUGACUGAAGAAGAAUUGGCAGAAAGAUGUGCUGAGUAUGAAGCUCAGAAGCUUGCUUUGGAAAAACAGCUUUCACAGUAUGAUCCCGAGCUUUGUCUGGAACAGCUGCAACAGAAACUAUUGAUGCUACAGGAAGAAAAUGAAAAGCUCAAAAAAUACAAUAGGUCUUUAAAGCAAUAUUUAUAUUCCCAAAUAGAUGAAUUAUCUGAUGAAUAUUCAGAAACUGAUGUUGAUGAUGGCAGUCUUUCAGAUGAUGAGUCAUCCCCUGAUAAUGAUGGUGACAGUAGUGGAUCUACAUGUAUUUUAAAAGAUGGAGAAUCUUCAGGUUGCUCUGAAGAAAAGGAAUCAUUGUUCCCAGAGAACUUAGAAAAUGAUAAUUUUCUGACUAGUAAGAACAGAGCUGAAUCCUCUUCACACAGAAAUAGGAAAUGUCCUUUAAAAAUGGAAAAUGUUGCAACUUGUGAUGAUGCAAGUUCUUUUCCUUCACUUCCAGACUAUGAUUUAUCAAAAACGGAAGUAACAUGUUUGGGUUCUCCUCUUAAACUUCAAGACUUUAACCCUAUUACACCUACAAGCAGUCCUAGACAAAAUGAGGAAAAGUUUGUAUGUACUGAAACAAUAUGCAAUAAUAAUGUAACUGCUGUUAGGUAUCAUGCGGAUGAUAUAGUAUCAAGUGACACUUUUCUUAAUGGUAGACCCAAGACUUCAGUAGACUCAAAAAAUGACAUUUCAAAUGAACUGAACAAUGUGGUAACUGUGACUGAAGAGUUUGAAGAAGACAGAAAGAAACAAUGUGGUUAGAACUAGUUUGUUACAUUCAUUCUUUGGCUGUUGAAACUAUAAUUUGGGAAUACAACUAGUCAAGUGUCAUUUGUUAUAUAUUUUAACUGUAAUGUGUGCAUGUCUUAUUCAGUAGUAUGUAAAUUUUUAGUUAUUAAUUUACAAUAAAAUUAGUAUUUGAUUA